CCAGAUGAUGUUUGUUUGCAUAGCGAUGGCGUUUACGUCUGAUAUUGGGAUCGGCCAUGGAACAACGGUCUUCUUUUCUCAAUGUGGGCAACUCAAAAACAAAAGAAUUUUCUAGGGCUUUUAUUAUAUUUUCUUUUUCUGGGAAAGAAAAAAAGGAUGGAAAAGCGAUGGGCGGUGGUGGGAAGGGAAGGGAAAGGAAGGGAUCAAUUGAUUGGAUGGAUGGAUGUCGGUUUGACAAUUCCCUGGUGCUACUUGUUAGCUAUUCACUAUACUACUAACUAGUAUUUUGGGUUUUUGUUGGCUGGAUUGUCCAUUGUAGUAUAUAGUACUAUCGGUUGUUUGGAUGGGCUGCUGUGGUUCAUCAGUGGAUGAAAGAAC